UUCUCAAAAAUGGCUACCGCUGCGCUUCUGGAAGGCAACCGCUCUGGGCUCCGCCUUUGAUCUCGUUGGUGGGGCUGGGGGAUGAGAGCUGCACCGCGCGGGACAAGUCGCCGGUGGCGCCCGACGGAGCAGAGGAGAGAGCAUGGAGCUGGAGAGGAUUGUCAGUGCAGCCCUCCUUGCCUUUGUCCAGACACACCUCCCAGAGGCUGACCUCAGCGGCUUGGAUGAGGUCAUCUUCUCCUAUGUGCUCGGGGUCCUGGAGGACCUGGGCCCCUCAGGCCCGUCAGAGGAGAACUUUGACAUGGAGGCCUUCACUGAAAUGAUGGAGGCCUAUGUGCCUGGUUUCGCCCACAUCCCAAGGGGUACAAUAGGGGACAUGAUGCAGAAGCUCUCAGGGCAGUUGAGUGGUGCGAGGAACAAAGAGAACCUGCAACCGCAGAGCUCUGAGGUCCAAGGUCAGGUGCCCAUCUCCCCAGAGCCCCUGCAGCAACCUGAAAAGCUCAAAGAAGAGACUAGGUCUUCUCCUGCUGCUGGGGACACCCAAGAUGAGGCAGCCGGCACUGAGGAGGAGCUGCUGCCAGGGGUGGAUGUCCUCCUGGAGGUAUUCCCUACCUGUUCGGUGGAGCAGGCCCAGUGGGUGCUGGCCAAAGCUCGGGGGGACUUGGAAGAAGCUGUGCAGAUGCUGGUAGAGGGGAAGGAGGAGGGGCCUCCAGCCUGGGAUUGCCCCAACCAGGACCUGCCCAGGCGCCUCAGAGGCCCCCAAAAGGAUGAGCUGAAGUCCUUCAUCCUGCAGAAGUACAUGAUGGUGGAUAGUGCAGAGGAUCAGAAGAUUCACCGGCCCAUGGCUCCCAGGGAGGCCCCCAAGAAGCUUAUCCGAUACAUCGACAACCAGGUAGUGAGCACUAAAGGAGAGCGAUUCAAAGAUGUGCGGAACCCUGAGGCUGAGGAGAUGAAGGCCACAUACAUCAACCUCAAGCCGGCCAGAAAGUACCGCUUCCACUGAGGCAUUCACCGGACUCUGUCCGAGCCUUCUAGGCUCAGAUCCCAGAGGGAUGCAGGAGCCCUACACCCCCACACAGGGCCAGCCCUAAUCCUGUCCCCCUUCUCCACCCCCUUCUCUACUUCCUUGCUCCACACUGUUAACCUCCUCUUGGAGCUGCCCAUGGACACAGUAAAGGUGGCCCCAAGCAGG